AUGGACCUCGCUCCCUCGGAAACGUUCGAAGCGCCUCCGGCGUACACCAUCAUGGAGUCGAACAGCGCGGAGAAGAGGGUCAUCCCGAACAUUCACGGCGGUCGCGUGGAGCCCUACGCCGACGCCACGCUCGACGCCGUCGCCGGCGCGGGCGGCGCCCUCCUCGCCCUCCUCACCACCUAUCCGCUCAUGACGCUCAACACCCGGCAGCACACCGAGCAUCGCGCCCGCGGGAAGAAGGGAAGGCGCGACGCCUCCUCCGCGUCGUCCCCGAGCGGGAUGAUCGCCGAACUCCGCCAGCUCAUUCGCGAGGAGGGCGGCGUGAGCGCCCUCUACCGCGGCGUCGAGCCCGCCGUCAUAGGCACCGUCGCGUCGCAAGCCGUGUACAACUACUUCUACUCCGCCAUGCGCAACUACUACAUGGCGAAGAAACGAACGAACCCGGGCCCUUUGUCCAACCUGGCCAUCGCGUCCGCGGCCGGGUGCGUCAACGUCAUGUGCACCAUACCCAUAUGGACCGUGACGACGCGGAUGCAGGCGGCGAGGAAGAAGGCGGACGAAGGCGCGACGUCAAACUCGAAGUCGCGAUCAUCGCCGCUCUCGAAAAAAUCUCUUGCGUCGUCGUGGUCGUCCUGGACCAAGGGCAAAGACGGGACGAACGACGCGGAGAAACGUGGCCGCGGCGAGGGUGAAGGUAAGGGUGAUGGCGAGAUGAAGGGGUUCGUAGCGACCGCGGGCGAGGUGUGGCGCGACGGCGGCGUCGCCGGGUUUUGGCAGGGCGUGGUGCCGUCGCUCGUGAUGGUCAGCAACCCGGCGCUUCAGUACGCGCUCUACGAGACCGUCGCGGACGGGUACAGGCGCGCGCGGAGACGACGGCGACGCGUGCGAGCGGGUUUGGGCGUCGGGUCGGUAAAGUCGGUAAAGUCGGUCACCUCGACGCGUUCAAACGACGAGCUCAGCGCGUGGGAGGUUUUCGCCGCGGCGUCGCUCGCCAAGCUCGGCGCGACGGUGGUUACGUAUCCCAUCCUGCUGGUCAAGUCCAGGCUGCAGUCGCAGUCGAAGGGGACGGAGGCGUCGAUGCGGUACGACGGCGCGUUGGACGCGCUCAGGCGGAUCGCGGCAGAGGAGGGACUCGGGGCGUUCUACAGGGGGUUCGGGACCAAGGCGACGCAGACGGUUUUCGCGGCGGCGCUCAUGUUCGCCGCCAAGGAGGAAAUCGCAAAGGCUGUCCAAGUCGCGUACGCGAAAAUCGCGACGCGACGAGCCGCCGCCGCCGCGCUCCGUCGAUGA